UGGCGGCUGAUCUGGGUCCGCACCUUUUCCGGUAACACAGCAGCGCCGCCGCUGUGACUGCACGGCCGGGGCACAGGGAGGAAGAGAGUGAGGCUUGAGCGGGGACGAGCAGCCUGCCGGGGACGGGGGGACACCGCCACACACGCAGGGGGAAGAGAAGAAAGUCGGAUGAAUCAAUGACCUUUUUUUGAACGCUCUACCUCUGGAUGUCCCGGCGCAGACGCCCACGGGAGCGCUUUAAUUUGUUCCCUGUAAUAAUGCGCUCCAGAAACCCACGGUGCUUUUGAAUCCGUCGAUCGGAUUCGGCUAAGGGCAAAGUGUGGACACCCGGCAGCCAAGGAGGAAGUGGGAACUCCGGGGUUUGGCUUGGACAGGGCCUAAUUUAUACAGCGCAAUCAUACUGGGCUGUUUGUUAAAGAAAAAAAAAAGCUUCUCGCUGUAAGAAAAGUCCAGCUGGAUUUUGGAAGGGGAAAAGUGUGGCGCUUGAAAUGUGGAUUUUUUUUCUUGACGGAAGUGUGCGCUCAUCGGGUUAGUUUGAAACAGGGCGAGCUAAUAAUUUCUUCUUUCAUGUGAGAGCGGUGGAUUAUGAGAAUAAUAUCCCCACCCAGUUCUGCGAGGGCUACAUGAUCAUCACACUACUCCGUUUUGAAUCCGCUGGCGCACAUUCACCUGCUCAGGUCAGUCCAUAAUCGGAAUAAUUGUACGCCGACUAUUUUUUUUUUUUCUUACCGCUCUGUGCAAACUUGUGACAGUCACCGCCUUUUUGAGUAUUGACGCUUGUGUCAGCCCACUACUACCAUCACGUGGAUGGCUUUUGGCAGACACUGAGACUGUAACUUGUCAGACUUUACUCUCAUAAGAGAAGUUUUAUUUUUUCUCCCUCCCAAGAAGUAUUUAUGCACAGCCGGCAAGAUGGGGAAAAUGCUCUCGAAGAUCUUUGGCAACAAGGAGAUGAGGAUAUUGAUGCUUGGACUUGAUGCUGCCGGCAAAACCACCAUCCUGUACAAGCUGAAGCUGGGGCAGUCGGUCACCACCAUCCCCACCGUGGGCUUCAACGUGGAGACGGUCACCUAUAAGAAUGUGAAAUUCAACGUGUGGGACGUGGGAGGACAGGACAAGAUCCGGCCGCUGUGGAGACAUUACUACACGGGCACUCAGGGCCUCAUUUUCGUGGUGGACUGUGCCGACAGGGACAGGAUAGAUGAGGCGAGGCAGGAGCUGCACCGGAUCAUCAAUGACCGGGAGAUGAGAGACGCCAUCAUCCUGAUCUUCGCCAACAAACAAGACCUCCCGGAUGCCAUGAAACCCCACGAGAUCCAGGAGAAGCUGGGCCUGACCCGGAUCCGAGAUAGGAAUUGGUACGUUCAGCCUUCGUGUGCGACCUCAGGGGACGGACUAUACGAGGGCCUGACCUGGCUUACCUCAAAUUACAAAUCUUAAUGUUUCUCCCCCUACCAGCCUAUAGACUGUUUUGUGAGCAACAAGCUGAAAGAAGAGUGAAAACGUGAGGAAAACCAUGCAAUCUGAAGCAAUUAAUAACACAUCCUCUGCUGCGUAUAUCAAAGAGAGGAGCAAUUAUAUUCUUUGUUUUGUUUUUGUUUUUUUGUUUGUUUCCACUUUAAUGAUGAUGACCUCCCUAUAACCCAAAUUUUCUUUUAAACAACAAGGCAAUUGUUUUGUUUUGGCUGGCUUUCAUUUCUUAGUUAGCUUUUUUUGGUUCUGUAGUAUUUCACUUAUACAUUCUCUAUAAUCAGUACUGUUUAAAUAUGCCAUAACCUUACUUUGAGCUCUUCCUGCAAUUUUUAUUUUCCUUUGUUUAAUUUCUUUUUUUGGGGGGGGUGACUUUGGGACUGUGGGUGAGGGCGUACAUUUAUAGUUUUUACAGUCAUGGAUACUGCCCCCCCUACUCAGCUUUCACACAGUAUUCUCAUGACCCAACAUCAAAUUCAGUGGAUGGGAAAGUCCACGUCCACUGUGAGGAUGUGUAACAUGUUCAUAUCUGUACUACCGGAAACUUACGGCCUACAUCAGCAUAUCACCGUUCAUGGCUCCAACUGCCACUGUUAUUUGUAAGAAUGUGUGUUACGGACUUGUUAGGACCUCGCAAAAGUACUGUUUUCAUCAAUGAUUGUACACGAUGGAGGAAAUGUGCUCGUACUUAUUUCCUGUACAGUGAUUACAUCCAUAAUGUCUACUGUGGCGGUUUGUUUGAAAGACACUAUGUGGAUGGUGGAUAUACACACACUGUGAUAUGGAUAUAUAUUUUUGUUGUUUCAGGGUCCGAAUCUAUUACCACCAAUCGUUUUGUUUUGUUUUGUUUUGUUUUUUUGCCUCUUUUUCUUUUUCCAAGAGCUUCCAUUACAGUUGAGUAUUUGUAGUUUCAGCUGCCUUUGGAGGGACCCAUGUUACAGGUGCCCUAAAAGACAAGACACUGACUAUGGCAGAAAGUAUUCACACAGCUGAGUGUGCACUUUGGGUGGGGGAUAAACAGCUAGCUCACAGUGGAA